AUUUUAAAGAAUAUAAUUUUAUAUUUAGUUAAUAAUUAGUUAUUUAUUUUUUUUAGUGAGCUAAAAAGAUUCAGUCACCUUUUUUUGGCAACAUUAAAUAAGCUUAUUUAUUUUCUUUUUCAUUUCUUUGUUCAUUAUUUAUUGGAAUUCAUUUUCUAUAUAUUAUUUUGCUUAUUAAUAAAACUCAUCUGAGGAUAAAAUAUUGAAUAUAUAUGUUUUACUAAAGGAUUUUAAUCCAGAUUUUAAAAAAGUAUUAGAAGGUUCAUAAAAAUUAUUAAUUUUUAUAUUAUUUUAUUUGGAUACAUUUUAAAAGAAAUAUUCAUAAAAUUCUUUAUAAUUAUUUUUGUUUUUUUUACAAUUCUUUAAAUGAUUUUGAAAAAAAUUAUUUCUUAUAUAUUUUAAACAUUUUCUAAAUAUAAAUUUCUCAUUUUCUUCAUCUCUUUUUUAUUUUCUUCUUCUCCUUUAUUUUUAAUAUACUAUAUCUUAAUUAAAUUAUUCGGUUUAUGUAUUUUCUUCUUUGUUUUAUUGUUCUUUUAGAUAUUUUAAUUCAAUACUUUUAAUAAAAACUCUUUCACAAUCAUUUAAUUCUUGAAAAUCUUCUUGCUAUAAUUUAAAUCCGUUUUAAAUUUAAAAAAAUAAUGUUAUUAACUUAUCACUACAUAAUUGGAAAUUCUUUACUUCAUCAAAUUAUUAUUAAAAAUUUUAUUGAAUUUAAUAUUCAAUAUCUAAAUUUUAAGAAUUUAUAUUAAUGACAUUUAAAUGUUAAGUAUAUUUAGAACUUAUAUCAGAUAAAUCAUUUUCAGAAAUUUGAUUCUC